ACUAAACCAUUUGCAUGUGGCGAUCACCUUUUCCUCUCAGUCCACCUGUGGCAACUACUGGAAAUGGCUUCGCACCUCAGGUAGACUUACUGAUGGUAUAAGGAAAUACUGUUAGAAGAUUUUCAUCUGCGAAACUUUUCAGUGCGAUGGGUCAGCGCCUAGAAAUCCCAUCUAUGAAAAAAACAGCUGAUAGCCAAGGUCGAAUAACUUGUACUAUUUAAAAAAGAAAGUGCUUAACUAUAAGCUUACGUUAAAAACAAAGCAGAGAGAAAAGCGUUUCCAAAAAUUUUCGAGCAUUUAAAGUAUAAGCAGACAGUAACCUAGAUUUCACCUCGUGGGACUUAUCACCAACUUAAACAUUUACAAGCUGGAGGAAUUGGAGUAGUUUAAACACUGUUAAGUUAUUUAAGACGCAGUUUUGGCUUAUGCAUGUCAUUCGCCCUUGUUUUGACCUAGCGGAUCCCAAAAAAUUAAUGUGAAUUAUAAUUUUCUUUGUAGGCAAAUCAACAAUUACCUUCAGGAUUUCAGCAACCUUUUCCUCAAACAACUUCCUCACAAUUUACAACUCCUGGGCCUGGAGGUGGUCCAUCUUUUCAGCCUUUUGUUCCUCCUCAAGCAUCGCACAGACCAUUGCAGAACUCCAUGAACAAUCCACAGGUUUUAAUGGGUACCAGUCAGGUUCCAGACAGGUCAAGUCUGAUGCAGCACCCUCCAACAAGAGGAUACCCACCUCCUUUACCGCAGUCAUCACCAUUCAACAUCCCAAUGUGGCAAAUGAGGAAUCCACGUCCUUCAGUACCUUCACCUGGAUUGGCAUCACAACAGCCUUAUAUUUCAUCUACUGAGCCUACCACUGGGGCAGUCCCUUCCCUAUCCCAAGGACCAUUUGUUCCAUCCACUGUGCCUACCCCUGUGAGGUCUUCAACUCCAUUGCCAAGACAGCUUGUACCAUUUCCUAGAGGGUUGGAUGUGCCACUGCAACAGCCAUUUUCAUCACCAACUAUGCCACUCCCUGUAAGGAUUGGACCACUACCUCAAAGACAUUCUAAACCUUCUUCUGUGCCUAUCCCUGAAGGUACUAUAACAACAACCCCAAGACCAUUCACCCCUUUGUAUGGGAGGGCAACUACACCUUCCCAGAGGCCACUAACACCUUGUACUGCACCACCCCCUGUGAGGACCACUAUGCCACUUCAAUCACCACGUGUCACAACUACUCACCCUUCUCCCAUGAGGAUCGCUGCACCACCCCAUCAAACAUUUACACCAUCUCCUGUGCCAUCUGUCGCUCAGAGGGUGCCUGUACCACCCCAAAGACCAUUUCCACCCCCUGCUGUGCAGUCUGCUAUCUGUGUCACUACACUACCCCAGAGACCGUUAGUACCUUCUACUGUGUCAUCCCCAGAAAGGGCCAUAGCACCUCCCCAACCACCAUUUGCAUCAUCAACUCGGCCAUCUCCUCUGGGAGUAACUUCACCUCCUCAAAGACCUUUUGCUCCCUCUACUAUCCCUCCACCUGGAGGUUUCCCAACACCAUCUCCACAACAAUUUAUUGCUCCUUCUGUGCCUUCUCCAAGAAAGGUCCUGUCACCUCCACAGCAAUCAGUUCUUCCACAAAAAGUGUCACCACCUUCUUCCUUCAACAGCCCACCUAAUGGAAGAUUUCAACUAGUGCCUCAACAGCCAUUUAUAACCCCUUGUACACCUCCUCCAAGGGGAGUAUUAACACCUCCCCAACUGCCAUUUGUGCAGUCCACUGUACCUGCCAUAAGAGGAAUGACCAUCCCUGGACAGCAGCCUUCACCGGUCAUUAAUCAGUCAUGGCCAACACAAGCUUCUCAGCUAUCUUCUCCCAGUUUAUUUCAGGGACCUACUUCCGCUAUCCCAUCUUCUUUACCCUCCCAUAGUGGUGUUUCUUUCCCUAUGCAGCAGUUUUCUCCUCCCAGCAAUUCACCAUUUCGCACAGCAAGUUCUGGGCCUUCUGCCUUAAGUCAUGGACCUUCUAUUGCAGCUGCAUUGGAUAGGCACAUCAUGGAGAAGCAGAUGAGGGGUAUCACAAAAGUGGGUGUGCCUAGGGAGGGUACAAAUAUGCAACCAUCCCUUGCACCUAAGCAGUCUAGUUCCACUGGUCAGACAGCAGUCAAGAGAUCACCAAGUCUGAGUAAUAUCCAAAAGAGAGCCAGUUUUCACACAGACAAUGUGAGAGGAAGAGAGCACAGGAGCAGAAGGUUGGUCUGGUAAUUAAUAUAACAUUUAUAAAGAAAAGAAAUGAUAAGCUACGAUGACUAAAAUGGAAGCCGUGAGAUGAGUUAUUCAAAGCACUGUUUUGCUUCUUAGAUAAGUAAAUAUGAGUUGGUUUUAAAUUUUUUUGUUUGAUCUCCCCUAACAUCAAGUACAUGUAAAUACGUCCUGUCAAUUUUUGCUUAUUAUUAUCGUUUUUUUUUAUUGAAAGGCAUUACAGUCCUGCGUCACAUGGCAGUAGACCUCGAGUUUCCCGCUGUUUUUCCCCUCCUCCCCCUGACAUAGAACGCAUGGUGAAGUGUGUGGUGGCAGAGGAAUAUUAUAUCAAGAAAAAGGAUGACCAGGUAAAAUAGUGUUUUCUAAGUAUACCUUUGUCUUAAAAAUUCUCAGUCACCAUGUGAAAGUCCUAUUUUUUCCCAUUUUGUUGAAUAAUAAUGAUCUGUUUCUUUUGGUUUCCUUAGUCAGUAUGGUGUUUUGAUUAAUUGUUUUGUUUGCAGUUCUUUUUUAUCUUAACACUGCAAGCCCCAAUGAAUACAGAUUAUCCAAACAGAUCUCCACAUAUUUCUUAAACUAUAAGUGGAGGGAAUCUGUGAAAAGAUCAAAGCACUUUCCCUUUAGUGAUCAUCUUAUAAAUUCUCAUAGCCAUUCUCUUGACUAUGUAUUGAUUUUGUUACGAGAAAACUGAUGUUGGUGAUUCUUUGGACUUAAUAGACCAAAUGCAAAAAUUGCCACAGUAGUUCAUAUUCUUUUGUUAAUAUUCAAAUCGGCCUUGCUAGCCUUGUUCUUAAGUACAAUAUUCAAAAGAAUACCUUAUCUCAAGCGAGGCUUUAAUCUAAACAAAAGAAUAUUAACCCAGCAGCCAUUUUUGCAUUGGGUCCAUGGGUUAAUCUUUUUUACCGUAGAUGGAAAGCUGUCAUGUUGAAGGAACAGACAACCUCUCUGAACUGCAUAACAGAUUUAAGAAGGAGAUAUUAAACAUGGAAUCCCUAGGACGAGCUGAUGAUGACACUGAGAGUAUUAACAGUGAGAGAAGUCAUCCUUCUGAUCAAUAUAACAGUGAUGUAGAAUCUCUGGGUGAAAGUGAUGUUACUAGAAGUGGAAACCCAGUAAAGUCGAGGCUCCGACUCUUUCCAAGUGAUGAUGAAGAAAACAGUGAUGAAGACAGUAGUGAUGACGACAGCCGUGCUUUGAGUGACAGCAGCGCUGAAAGUGAUAAUGGCGAAGGUGGAGACCUAAGUGGUGACAAUGAUGAUGACGAUGAUGAGGAGGAUCAUCAUGUCAACAAAGGUCCAAGUGUAGCGGAGAUAAGGAGGAGAAAAAUUGAAGAUCCCCGGCGACUUCAUCCUGAACUGUGGUUCAAUGAGGCUGGAGAGGUACUGUAAUAUGUGAAAUUUGAUGUGGCUCAUUUAAGGCUGUGAUUCAUAAAAUAUAAUAAAAAAGAAAGAAAUUUACAGUGCUGAAUAAAUUAUUAUUAACUCCAAUUUUAUUGUUACUUUAAUUCAAUUCACUGGACUGCACUUAGUAUUUUAGAGGAGACCUGUCUGACCUGUCACAAUCAUGGGUUUUUGACAUGUUUAUCACAUUCAUCGAGAACUCCACGCACUGAAAAGUUUAGAGCUUAAAACUAUGGUUCAGAAUUUUCAGAAUUUUUUAACCUGAUAGAAUCUUUCUUGAUGUGCUCUUUUGUGUGUUUAGGUUUUCUAAAGCCUCUUUUAAUGCCCUGACAUCUUCAUUCAUAAUAUUUUACAACCUUGAUGCCAUUUAGGCGCUGAGACGUACGCAAUUCUGCCAUGGCAAUUUUGUAAUUUCACAUGUAAAAUUAUAAAUUAAUGUUGGAAGUUUGUUCCAAAAUCAAGGAGUAAUUUGAUAUCCGUUAAUUAUAAUUUAAAAUUUUAGUAAUGAUUUCUUUACAACUUUGUUUUUGGAUUGCUUGACUUUUCCUUUUGUUAACCAAAUGAAAUAUUUAAUUUUAUAGACAAAUGAUGGCCCAGUCUGCCGAUGUAGUUCAUCUGACAAACGUCAAGGAAUUCGCCAUGGGGUUUACCCUGGUGAAACUGUAAGUAUGCAUAUAAUGGGCAACCUCCACCCAUAGCUUAGAGCAAAAUAAUGCAUUCGCUUUUAAAAUUGAUUUAUUUUUUCAUUAGGUUAUCACACCAUGCUACCCCAUGACCAACAAUGCUGACAAACUACAUCACUACUGGGUGACUGUCACACCACACACUAACUUUAUGGUAAGUUUCAACAUAUUCAGACCUUUGGCCAAAAAUAAAUGACUUGCUAUGAAUUAAUGUGAGUGAACAUUUCAAUGCCAGUGUAAAAGAAAAUAUUAUAACGAAGUUUACAUUUCAAUUCUUUAUACGGAUAGUAUGAGUUAAGCAUUUACUAUAAUAUUGCAGUGUACUUGUUAGUUACAUGUAUUUCAAUGAUCUCUUGAUAGCGCUGUUGACAAUUAAGACUAAAAAUUGCAAAGAAAGGCUUGAUUCAAAGGUUGAAGAUGAGAACUCCACUUCUUGUGGUUCAGUUUCAUCCUUGGUUUCAGUUUUAUUUUUGUAUAGUGUUUUAUGUCGGACAUAACCGUAGACAAGCAAACUUUUAAGGAAAGUACUUAAAAUUCAACCAACUGUACAAACCAUUGACAAGUGAGAACUGAACCAGUUUUUUUAUUUGCACUUUAUUUUUUUUUCAUUUCCUUCUCAGUAUUACACAGAGAAAAGGCUUUUCUUGCAAAUUCUGCAUGAUAAUCGAAAAGAGAGAAAUGAAUUUGCUUUGGCCAUUCCGGUCCAUGGCUGUACAUAGAAAUAUUUCACACUAAAUGGCUCAGCAAUGUAUUUAUGUGGAAAUAUUUACAUACAACUUCUUCAUCCAGUAUUGAUCUAUCCUUAAUUUGUACAUUAUUAAUGACUAGAUUAUUAAAUUCUGUUGUCAUUGUAGACAUCAAAUCCAAGUAUAAUCUAUUCUGAGGGAAAAAAUUACACCUUUGAGGGCUUUUCCAUGUUUUCUCAUCACCCACUUGAGCAGGUGAGGAUUUAAAAACUAAACAAAAGGUGACAAGUGUAUGUGUUUCUUCAAAACCUUUGUGCCUGCUUGAUUAAAAUAAACUGUACUCCAUGCUUUGAUAACACUGGUAAAUUUGCAGGUUUUUCAAACAUUUUUUACAAACAAUUUCCUUAUAAACACUUACUGUACCUAUAAUCAUGUUACACUGUUUUUUAAGUUUGUGAUUUAUUUCUGAUUUUUUUUUCAUUUGUUCUAAGCUUCUGUUGAUUGCCCAAAAUAUAUAGCUAUUUAUGUCUAACUGUAACUGCUAUAAGAAAUUAAAUAAUUAACAGGUAUUGGAUUAGGUUUAGCAAAAUAUUGUGAUUUGUCAGUGACGAGCAGAUCAAUUAUUUACUGAAGCCAAAGGCUGAGGCAAAAGAUUUAUCUGUGAGACAGUUAUUUGUAGGUAACAUGGUAGGCUCUCGGCCACUGAAAAAGGAGAAAAAUUUGCAUUGAAUGAUAAAGACAUUUAUUUCAAUGUAUUGCCAAAUGGUGUUUGUUACAUUUUUUGCUACAUCAUUGUUCAUUCUUUGCAUUUUCUGCAGGUACCCCUUUGUUCUGUGAUAAGAUUCAACAUUGAAUACACUCUACAUGUUAUUAGUCAGCCAGUCCCAGAGGUGAGGAUCUAAUUUUUGAGGAGAAAAUUCUGAGAACUCUCCUUGCUAUUUUCCGUGGCCACACACCAAUGUCAAUAUAAAUGGUACUUGCAGUGACUCAAGCCGACAUGAUUUUCACCAGUAAAGCAAGCACAAGUGCAAAGUUAAGGGAUCUUUUCUUUCCAAAGGACUACAAUCUGCACAAAUCAGAAGGAUCAGAAUUUUUUCUUUUCUUGUUUUAACUGCUCAUUUGCAUGUUCUUGUGCUAGUGAAAUCACACUAAAAUGCUUUGAUUCCCAGGUCAAUAAAAUGUUGAUUAUAAAACAUACAUGUGUACCUCUAGCUGUUGAGUGGACAGAAUCUGUGAUCAUUCAUUUGAAGGCCAAAAUGACAAAGGGGUCAGUACUUUUUUGUGAUGCUUUCAAUAAUGCUGUAUGAGGUGGUUCUAACUAUUAAUUUCAUUGGUGAAAUCCUUUGCUUGUUACCAUUCGACAAUGUUAAAUAGACCUCUUCAGCAUUACUUUUACUUGUUGCUUCCAUUUCCAACCAUUUUAGAAAAAAAAGGAAUAAAAUUAGUCACUAAUUGUUGCUAGUUUGUCUCUUAAGUUUGCUCGUGAGUUUUAUUACAAAAUUAAUGUCAUCUCUUUCAGAAUUUCUGCGUGAAAGAUCUUGAGCUGUUUUCAGAAUUUCUGUUUUAUAAAGUGCUUGAACUGGCUGACUGGAACUUCACAGGUAUGUAUAUACAUGUUACUAGACCUGAUAGAAUUGGUUCAGAUCUAACAACAGGAUAUUAGCUGCAAGCAUAAAAGUCGCAGGUCAAAUAGCAUUGUUGUAGUUUCUGUUGUGCUUUGUUUCAACCAAAAUGUUUCUGUUAUAACAAUAAUAGCAGCUGAAGUUACCUUUAGUAGUAGCGAUUAAGUGAAAUAAGAAAAACGUGUACCUUUAAAUUGAAAAAAAAAACCCAAACCAUUGGAAACCUUAUUUUCGAUCAGGUUUUGCCAGUAUUACACCCGCAUACCUUUUUCCGUUGCUCAGAUAUUCCCUUUACUGGUUGGGAACCAAAAAAAAGGACUCUCCAACUCCUGAAGUAUUUAUGCAUGUAUUACUUGUAUAAUUUAACUCAUAAGACAAUUCUUCUGCAGGGAAUGUACAGGAUUCAUGUAGACGUUACCACUUUAUGCCAAGAUUUGUUCAUAGAGCUGAUGGUUAGAGCAUGUUAUCACUUUUAUCGUUUUCGUCAUUUUAAUAUCAUUUGUUUCUAAAAUGUCUAGAAAGUAGUAGUGUUAUAAAAAGCAUGAGUUUAAUUUUGUGAACAGUUUGUCAAACAGGUAGAGCCUUUAGCUUUGUUUUACAACUGUCUCCCACUUUUUUUUUGGACAGGAGACAAAUAUGUUAGGUACUAGGCAGAUUCGUUAGUUGUGGAAUUGCAUUUUUCAUAAACUGGAAACACAGUGUAUCAAAUAAUUAUAAUGAAGCAAAAAUUAGACAUAAUAAAGUUGCAUCCCUCUUGAAAAUAAUCGGAUUUUUUCAGUCAUUCCAAUACUCUUUAUCGCAAUGAAGUUGCUUGGGCAAAUUCUACAGACAAGUCCUCAUUUACCUGCUUCAAACCACAAAUCUUUUAAAGUAGAUAUUAAGGGUUGCCUAAAGCAUUGCCAACUUUUUAAUUCUUUGCGUUCAUUAUUUUCAUGACACUGUUGUUUUUCUUUGCUCAGACACUGAUGAUUCCAAGGCCUGCCACGAGCUUCUCUCAAUGAGCCAAGUGUUGUCUCAUGUUCUGAGUUCAGCUGAACCUCUCAUAAAGGUAAUAAUGCUCGAAAGUGAAUGCCAGAAAGGCUUAUGUUUGUCUUCCUAUCUUAGCGAGGAUUCUUUGGUAAGAAGUUGAAUUCUUCAUGGAAAUGAUCUUACUAAAUAGGAUUCACUUUCAGUUCUUCUUUGCUCUUAACCUUUCUUUUGUGUCUGGCAGCCAAGUCAUUUCGAGCUCAGCGCUGAGAAAUGGGAAGAGUACAACAAAUCCUGCAAAAAUACAAUUGUCCUGAACCCAGACAAGGUGAGGUGCAAGUUUCUUAAUCGUCCAGGAAGCAAACAUUUUAUUGUCAGUCCUCUAGGGAUAAAACAGUCUCUUUCACUGUGCCUCUAUUUUUAAUAAAUUUCCUGCCGUGUGUUGGUUACUGAUAUAAUUUCCUCGUAUUUGACAACAGAAGCCAGCUGCUAUAAGGGUUGAUGACCUACAGUUCUGUAAGACAAACAAAGGCUUUUCGAAAGGCAAGGUGAGUUGGUGUUAGAAGUGUGUGAGUGUAAUGAAAUUCCUUAUUCAAAGAAAGACUCUUAUCUCAAGACUGUGUCGUUACUAUUAAGUUGUAAAUUCUGUUGUUGCCAAAUGUAAAUUCGUCUUGAUUGUAAAAUACUAUUGCUGCUUGUGAUGCUGAUCCCAACUCAAAACUGAAGAAGCUUAUAGACCUUGCUAUUCCUAAAUGUUUUUCAAUUGCUGACGUUCUUCCGAAAGACCUGUGGAACUUGUUGACGUAGAUCACUUGAAAUGUGGAGUACAAAGCCAGUACAGUUUUAGAUGUUACGGUUGCCUGUUAAGUUCGGUAAUGUCAUAUUUCAUUUCACUUUAUCAGCUAUACCCGUAUAUAGUCCAUCACAGUAUUAGGCCAGUGCAGAUGAGUUUUGCAGGAGAUCCCAAGUAAGUCCUUUCUCAUUUGUUUUUCUUAUCGACAACGGCGACAUUUUCGUUUGCAUCGCUGUUGUCGUAUUGUAAGGUCCCUGACGACUCCAGAUCUUUACAAAAGUACCUUGUUAACCAUCUUUUAACCAACUUAAUUGCUUCACCUAAAUCCUCGCGUUAGAACAAUAGAUCCUUUUGUUGCUUUUUAAAACUUUUGACAUUGGACCGUUUACCGAGAAUCCGUCAACUUCACUGCAAAGCGCUUCUUAAAAUCAGUAGAGUUGCCAAGUUUUAGAAUGAUUUGUUUGUAUGCUGGGAGCAAGUUUGCGCCUCCACCAUACAAUCGUCUGUCGAAUUUCUCGAGUCUGUAAAGCUAUAUCUUCGCUUGCUUUAGAUGCAGAAUUUUCAAACUUGGUAAGUUUACUUAUGUUAAGGCGCUUUUUCCAGCCCUGUUGAUUUAUAUUCCCACUUUGUCUAUCUCAAAAGAUGAAGGAAGUGUUUAAGGGUCUAUUUAGUACCCGCUAUACUACUUACAUCUCGGACCAAAAACUGUGAAAGGUUCCGCUUAGGACCCGCUAUACUACUUUCAUCAUGGACCAGUUCUUUUGUUAGCAUUUCGUUUUUGUUAGCUAGUUUUUAGAAGUCGUUCGUACAACUAGCCAGCAAAAGUGCAAUAAGCAAUAUUUAGAGAAAAGGAACAUCUUUACGAGAGGAAUCGUACCUGCCGAAAAAAAAAGGAUUUUCAAGUAGGCAGGAGAAUCCGAAUGAAAGAAUUAUGGAUAGUCUAUGUACAAGAUACAUGCGAGCCACAAUGGAAAUAAUAGCACCUUUAAGCACUCACAUUUUGGUAAUUUUUUUUUCAGGUACCAAAAGUUACUUAGGACUCACAACAAGUUAAGAAGCCUCAUCUCCAACACGUAAGCAAAUUUCCUUGAUUGUUACAUGAAGUGCGGGUUACAUGCGAAAAUAAUAUUGUGUGAUUUCUUAAACUUAAUGUUAUUUCUUUUCAGGCCAAUACCGACUCGUAAGAAUCAAGAUAAGCUCGUUAAAUUAAAGGUAAGUGUAAAAUGUUAUAAAUCCGUUAAUUUCCCCCCAAAAAUAUUGCUAAUAUUUCAUCCACAGAAUCAAAAGUUAGAACUGCAUACUAAAUAAACAAUACGGUAAGGAAGUACUGCUGAAGAGGUUUCAUUUGAAUGGUCACACCACAGGGUUUCAUACACAAACUCAAAAUUUAGCUCUUCGUACUAAACAAUCAAUAGUAUAUGAAGGAACUGCUCAGUACCUUUCAUUUGAAUGGCUGAGGCACGUAAGGAUUUUAUCCACAACCUAAAAGUAGCCUGAGAAAACACCCGAUAUUCCACGACGCCACUACUGGUCUCCGCGCGAGGGAACGCAAAGUGACCUCUGAGGAACGAGCGCAGAAAUUCUGUGCUGAUAACGCGUCACUACCCAGAUUUAUGUAGUGCUUCUUAUUGGUCGUGCCGUGAGGGAAAUUUGCUUCAGCCAAUCAAAAGCACUACAGAGAUCUGGAUAGUGACACGUCAGCAGUUUGGAAUUUUUGCGCAUGUUCCUCAGACGUCAUUUUGUCGGGAAAACCAAUUGUGGCGUCUCGAAAUGUCGGCUGUUCUAACAAUAACCUACAAGUUAACACAAUAAUUUACUCUAGCCUAGGGAUCUUAACUGCAAACUGAUCGCCACCAUUUGUGCUUAACUUUCAGAUUGAGCUAGAGAACAUGCGCCUGACAAGGUAAAGAUAAGCUCAGCGAUAACGAAUUAUUUUGUGGCGAGAGUCAGACGAUAUUUUUGUCAGUCGUUUUUCAUUUCUUUCGGCCUCUAAGUUAAACUGUUUUCCUUUAGGAAGUCUUUAAGAGUCUGCUUUUGUUUCAGUGCAAUGCGCCGUGAUGUAGUUGUAGAGGUGAGCAGCAGAGGCAUGGUCAAAACAGGAUUAAAAUCUGAUAUCUGUCAGGUGAGUUGAUUGCUCUGAUAUAUGUUAAUUUUCAGGUGACGCCUCAAGGGAACAACUCAAAGUACAUCUCACUGGGUGAUUCUCUGUAUUUUGGGUUACCCCAAUUUUCUCUUUUUAUUUCAAUAUUCCCAUCCAAGCCCCUCCUUCGUGCCUCUCACAACCAACGUUAACUACAUUUGUAGUGAAAAACAAAUUUGAUUGGUUCAGGGAAUGGUGGCUUUAAAAGUUGUGCAACUUGGCAACGGAACUUAUUUUCGUUAGACCUGUUGAUAUGAGAAACGCGUUCUUGACGCACGCGGGCGAGUCCAACUGUAGUGUUACUCAGGACUGAUAAUUCCCAUUGUUCUCUUAUCUUCCAGCACGCUCUCCUGCUUCCUGUGCUAGUUCAUCAUGUUCGCUACCACUCGAGUCUUCACUCACUGGAUGAGAAAAUGGGUUACGUGUUCAAAGAUCGCGCCUUACUUCAGGUAAAAUACAAGUUGAGUGACCUUCCUAGUUACCAGGGCCUCUUCUUUGUGUCACCUGGAGCGAGAUACUGGGGCGGGCGGACGCGAAAAAGAGGGGCCCUGGGAACAAGGUUGGCAGAUGAGCUCUGACUGGUGCAUUUUAUUCUGUACGUAUUCUUUAACUAUCUAGAAGAAAAACGACAAAAAGCGUACGGGCAACAUACCUUGCUGUUUCUUGUGUGAAAUUAGGCUAAAAGCCAGAAACCAAGAAAACAAAAAACACGAGUUUGCAACAGAUUUUACGCAAAGUGCUAAGCAUUCAUAAUAGAUGAAGAACAUGGCAAAAGUUCGUCUUUUUCUAGAUAGAUUAAAUCAAUUGUACGAGAAAGAUUCAGCGUCCACUGGACAGUAGGUCGAUUUCUUUAGCAAACAAUUCUAUACAGAUAUUUCAUCCUGUUUGAUUUACCACACCAGGAACAAAAAAACCAAACCCAUGUUCUUUUCCUUGAAGUUAUCCAAUGAAAUGAGCUGUAUUUUGGUUCUUAUUUAACAGCUCGCGUUGACGCAUCCUUCGUAUCAUCUUAAUUUUGGUAUGAAUCCAGACCACGCGCGAAACUCUCUUUCAAACUGUGGUGUAAAGCAACCUCGAUAUGGAGACAGGAAAAUACGACGUCUACACACGCGCAAAAAAGGUAUGGCAUGAGAAUUAACCAUGACCAAUGCAGCCUCAAUACUCUAGCACUCCCCAAAUUACACAGUGGACGCGUGAAGCAGCGUCAUUUUGGCGGGAAAACGCGAUAGCCGUCGUCAUUCCACUACGGGGUUUUAGCCCGGAUGUCGUCGCUAUAAUGAUAACUAUAACUAUAAUGAAGCUUUCUUGGAUGUCUAGUUUUUGAACAUACGCGAAAAAAUCUUUAAGUCAAAUGUCGUUCUCUAAUCUAAAGAUCUCUAACGGAUUGUCUUUGAAUACUCGAGGAAGUUAAAACGAAUUGUGCUUUUUUGUGUGUGUGCUUAGGCAUCACGCAGCUUAUCCGAGUAAUGUCCAAUCUGGGAAAAAUGGAGGAACAUCAGUCAAUGUAAGUUUAUCCUAACUGUUUUCACCAGGCCAUAAAUAAGUCUAUUUAACUACUGCUUAGCGAUAUGUUUUAAAAACGACGUUUCCCGCGUGGAUGGAAUAACCCAUAUGCAUGAUGACGUCAGACUUGCUUAUUCACCACCAAUCCUCGUUGCGAAAAAAUUCUUUGCAUUUUCACCGUUUGUGCGUGAAUAUUCUUUUCAAUUUAAGAGCCAGUCUCUGUAAGAUCCUCAUAUCGAGUUUUGCCCACAAAAUGGAUUUCGCUCAUAAUUUUUUUGUAGACUUCUUUUAAUAAGUAUAUAACAAAUAGGAAACUAGAUUGGGGAAAUUCGCUUCUGUUAAUUUUUUUAACGAAUUUUCUUUCGGCGCCACACGAGGACCUGAGAUGCUUGUGAAAUAUGCAAAUUCUGUCAAAAUUCAACCGAUUGCAAAUGUUAUAUAACAUAACAUAUUUUAUGUUAUAUAGCAUAACAUAACAUGACACAUGUUAUAUAACAUAACAUGACACACAUUAUAUAACAUAACAUGUUAUAACAUAUUUUAUGUUAUAUAACAUAACAGAACAUAUGUUAUAUAACAUAACAUGACACAUGUUAUAUAACAUAACAUGACAAUGUUAUAUAACAUAACAUGACACAUGUUAUAUAACAUAACAUGACACAUGUUAUAUAACAUAACAUGACACAUGUUAUAUAACCUAACAUGACACAUGUUAUAACAUAUUAUAUAACAUAACAUAACAUGUUAUAACAUAUUAUGUUAUAUAACAUAACAAGACAUAUGUUAUAUAACAUAACAUGACACACGAUAUAUGACAUAACAUGACACAUGUUAUAUAACAUAACAUGACACAUGUUACAACAUAUUUUAUGUUAUAUAACAUAACAUAUGUUUUAUAACAUAACAUAACAUGACACAUGUUAUAUCACAUAACAUGACACGUUAUAUCACAUAACAUGACACGUUAUAUAACAUAACAAAACACAUGUUAUAUAACAUAACAUGACACGUGUUAAAUAACAUAACAUGUUAUAACAUAUUUUAUGUUAUAUAACAUAACAAAACACAUGUUAUGUAACAUAACAUGACACACGUUAUAUAACAUAACAUGUUAUAACAUCUUAUGUUAUAUAACAUAACAUAUGUUUUAUAACAUAACAUAACAUGACACAUGUUAUAUCACAUAACAUGACACGUUAUAUCACAUAACAUGACACGUUAUAUCACAUAACAUGACACAUGUUAUAUAACAUAACAUGACACAUGUUAUAUAACAUAACAUGACACAUGUUAUAUAACAUAACAUGACACAUGUUAUAUCACAUAACAUGACACACGUUAUAUCACAUAACAUGACACACGUUAUAUAACAUAACAUGACAAAUGUUAUAUAACAUAACAUAACACAUGUUAUUUCAUGAAUCACACAUUUUCUUUUGUUAUUGAACAUCGUUUAUUUCACUUACAUACUUCAUGAAUAUUUAACUAACUGAAAGUCCGGGGAAGGCUUGAUAAUGUAGCAGGAGCGGGGCUGAUGAAUUGAAUAAAUUGCUAAUUAUAAAUGCAAGGGCAAUAUCUAUAUAAAUACCCGGUAUUUAUCUGUAUAUUGCCCUGCUGCCCUGGGCAAUAUACAAAUAAAUCCCUUCCAUUUAUAAUGAGCAAUUAAAGCAAAUCAUAUACGUCCUUUGACCCCGCCAAACAUUCUGAGAAAAUUUCUCCCUUUAACACAAAUAUAGAAAUUUAUUCUGCAACUAUAGAAAAUACAGUAGUAUCCCAUAUAUCAUGCAGGCUAUGUGUCCACUCUAAGAAAAUUUUAAGUCUUUGGAAAAUUUCGUCGUCACUUACACGCUUCCAGGUUCUUUCUUCUUCCGAAUUUCCAAAACAAACUUCCCAAGCCAGUAGUCAAGCUGCUCAUUAGCGACUUUCUUAAUGUCAGGAUUGACUUCGUAGUAUUUCUCUUUGCUGCUAUUCUUUUUAACUUUUACAUUGCGUUCGACGACGCAUUCCUCCCAGCAACGUACCGCCCAUGAAGUAUUAACUUUCGUGUUUGCCGGUAUUCUGGGCUCUCUUCUCUUCUCGACUUCGUUAUCACAAACAACAACGAUAUUACGCCCAGGAUUUUCUUUCUUUUCGACUUCAACACUAUCUCGUUCGCUUACUUCUCUAAAGUCUCCCACUAACUCUCCCAAAUUCAACUCAGGGGGAAAAGGCUCCUGAGAGAAAGUAUUUUGCGUUAGGAAAAUUUCGUCGUAACUAUCCAUUGCCGCUCUCACAAGUGUACUGGCCCCCCAAAAAAUACCAAGACAAAAAUAAAAAAGCACAAAAGGUUUGAAAUUUGAUUGUUGUCGGCUUAGCAAACAAACAAUGCGCUAUUGUUCUCCGUUUCUCACCUAGGUGAGAACAAGUGGUUUGAACAAAUUAUGACCCGUGAAACGCCCUUUCUCGAUGCUGUGUGAAAACCUUUACAAUACUUACAAUGAAAUACGUCUGACUCAUUGUCUGCGUUCGGAUCAAAAAAUGACAAACAAACAGAUGUCAAAAACAAGUGGCCAAUUAUUGCCCUGUGAAAGACGACCUUUAUGUAACCUAUACCUCAUGAAUAAUAUCAUGAAAUAAGUUAGAUAAACCCCUCGAACGUCGGUAUUAAUCCAUAUAUAUGGCUUAAUAAUAUCCAUGUAUAUGGCUUAAUACCUCCGUCCUCGGGCUUUAUCUCUUACUUAUAUAACCUAACAUGACACAUGUUAUAUAACAUAACAUGACACACGUUAUAUAACAUAACAUGUUAAAACAUAUUUUAUGUUAUAUAACAUAACAAAACAUAUGUUAUAUAACAUGACACACGUUAUAUAACAUAACAUGACACACGUUAUAUCACAUAAAAUGAUACAUGUUAUAUAACAUAACAUGACACAUGUUAUAUAACAUGACAUGACACAUCUAAUAUAACAUUAUAUGACACGUUAUAUAACAUA